AUGUAUCGUUUUCCCCGUCCCCCUGCCCGCCUCUCCCCCGCUUUCCCCCUUCAGUCCGCGGCGAGCGUGCUGGAGGAGCUACAGCAGUCCGCGCCAGAGCCGACGAUGUCGGCGUUGCGCCCGUUGGCGCAAGCGCUGGCGGCGCCCAACUUCAUGCGCCACCGCGACCGCGACGUGCGCGUGCUCCUCGCGUUCUGCGUGAGCGAGGUGCUGCGCGUGUUCGCGCCCGACCCGCCAUACGACGACGCGCCGCUUAAGAGCGUGUUUGAGCUGCUGGUGGGCACGUACGAGGGCCUAGAGGACACAAACCACGCGCUGUACCCGCGGCGGGUGGCGAUUCUGGAGUCGAUGGCGCGGGUGAAGACGUGCAUCAUCAUGCUGGACCUCGAGUGCACCGACCUCAUCCUGCACAUGUUCGAGACCUUCUUCCGCGUCGUGCGCCCGGAGCAUGCACUGCACGUGCAGAUGGCAAUGGUGGAGGUGAUGGCGUCUGUGAUUGACGAGAGUGAGGACGUCUCCCCACAGCUGCUAGACGCCAUUAUCUGCAACAUGCUCUCUCCGGAAAAGGAGGCCUCUCCAUACGCCUACCAGCUCGCAGCAGCAGUGGUGAAGCGAUCAGCAGAGCGGCUGCAGCCAGUGUUCCAGAGGCACCUCGCCCCCGCAAUCCGCACUGUGGCCGCUGCUGGAGGCAAGGACGGGGAGAGCAAGGGCAGCGGCGGCGGCGGCGGUGGCGGCGGUAGUCUGGCGUGCAAGCGGUAUCACGAUGUGAUUCUGGAGGUGUUUCGAGUGGCGCCGAGUGCGCUGGAAAUGGCGCUGCCUCAGAUACACGAGGAGCUCGUGCACGAGGAUCCCGAGGUGCGGCUGAGGGCGGUGUCCCUCGUGGGGAAGUUGCUGAUGGUGGACGCGGCCACGCUGCAGCACCACUACCGGCAGCUCUUUGCCGAGUUCCUGCGCCGCUCCAACGACAAGUCCGUCGACGUGCGCGUCAAGCUCGUCAACCUCCUCGAAUCCUUCCUCCUCCCGGCUGCUGGUUCCACUUCCGGUGCUGCUGCUGCUGCUGGUUCUGCUGCUGGUGGUGGUGGGACAGCAGGGGCAGCGGCAGGGGCCGGGGGGAACGCGCUUGUGGCGUUGUAUUUCAACAAGGCGCCUGGGGUGGCAGGGGCUGUGGCUGGUGCUGGUGGUGCUGGCGUUGUUGGUGCCGGGGCGGGAGCAGGUGUUGGCGUUGGCAGCAGGGCUGUGGAUAUGUCAGAAAUAAGGAACAUGCUGCUGGAGCGGCUGCUAGAUGUGGAGGAGCGGGUGAGGCAGGCGGCGGUGAAGGCCCUCUGCUCCGUGUUCGCCCGCAGCCCCAAGCUGCUGCCUGUAGCGGACCUGCGGGCAGUGGCGGACAGGCUGAGGGACAAGAAGGUUCCCGUGCGACGAUCCACGUUGCCAGAGAUUGCAAGGGUUUACAGGGAGCACUGCUUGCGGUGCGCGGUGCGGGAUCGGGAGAGGGAGGAGGCUGAGGGAGGGAAGGUGGGGAAGGGAGAGGAGGCGGGAGCGGGAGGGGAAGGGGGAGGGGUGGGGAAUGGUGUGGAGGGGGAUAAGGAGGAGGAGGAGGAGGUGGAGAGGUUUGAGUGGCUGCCGAGUCGGAUGAUCAAGUGCUGCUAUUUCAAGGACUGCAAGGACUUCAAGCCUCAGACCAUGGACGUGUUCUUUGACGAGGAGCUCUUCCCUAAAGCCCUUCCUGUGGAGCGGAGGGCGUUCCACUGGGUGUACCUCUUCCACUCCUUUGACGUCAACGACCUCAAGGCCUUCUCGCACAUCCUGCAGAACAAGCAGAUCCUCCAAUCCAGCAUGGCCACGUUCUUGCGAACACGGCAAGAGCUCAAGGACCUGGAGGCUCGCGAGCGGAAAAAAGCUGGAGAGGAGGCAGAGAAGAGCAAGGGGAAGGGCAAGGAGAAAGCAGAACCAGGGACUGAUGGGGAAGGCGGGGAAGACGCAGGGAAAGCGGGAGGAGGAGGAGGAGGAGGGGAUGGGGGUCUGGUGGCGAUUGAAGCUGAGAGGAGGGUGCUGCAAGAGAGGAUGGUGGCGACAGGGAGGCGCAUGGCACAGGCAGCGUUUCUGGAUGUGGGGAAGGCAGAGGAGCAUUUUGCAAAGCUGGCUGUGCUGAAGGAUAAUAAUGUGUUUCGGCUGCUCUCGUCCCUCAUGUCCCCUGCUGAAACGCUCACAUCCAUACAGGCUAUGCGGGAGGAGCUGCUGAAGCGCAUAGGCGAGCGGUCACACCUGUACGACCUGGUCAAGGACCUCUCCUUCAAGCUCUCCUUUCACCUCUUUGGUCGGCAACACACCGAACACGUCUUGGCUAUCCUUGGUGCCAUCGCAGCCAAAGGGGAGGAAGCAGCAGCUAAGGUUAAUCCUGAGAGCGCGGAGGAGGAGGAGAAGGAGGGAGGGGAGAAGGGGAAGAGGCGGGACGGGAAGGGGAAGGAGGAGGAGGGGGAGGGGGGGGGCGGGGGUGGUGGGGAGGGGGAGAAGGGAGGGGGUGUGGUGGGGGGGAAGAGGUCGGGUGCGGCAGGGCUGACUGUGAGGCAGCAGCAGGUGCUUGCAAGGCGGUUCCGGUUGUUUGUGACUGCUGCCAUUCGGCUGCUCGUGGAGGUGGCAGCACACUUCCCUGCGCUCUUCGAGGGGUGCUUCUCCAGCCUGCUUCCUCUCCUGAGGGCGCACCACCCCGAGCUCAAGGAGGGCGCGGCAAAGCUGCUCUCCAAGCUCUCCUUCUCCCUGGACUCCGCCUCCCCCCACGCUGCUGCUCUCAGCAACCAGCCUCCGGAUUCGCAGACCACCAACGACACCAUGGAGUGUCUGAAGCAGCUGGCUAUGGACGGCACGAGGCACCAGAUCAAGGCAGCAGUGGCUGCACUCUCUGCCUCCAUCUAUGGCGCUAGAGGCCGCUCCACACUCUCAUUCAUCUACGAGAGGGCGUUCAAGUCGCUGGAGAGUGCGGGCGAGCAGAAGCUUCAGAGGAGCCUGGACGCGUUGGGGGAGAUUGCGCGCUUCGCCCCGGACGUGUGGCAGCCGCAUGAGGACGAAAUCAUCAAGUUUGUCGUGCGCAAGCUGCUGCGGUACUCCAGUUUUUUAGCCCAGGCGAGUGCAGCAGCAGCGCUCGACACGCCUUCGACUAUGGCAACACUCAAGUCGCGCGGCAUCAGGAUGCUGGUGAAGACGUUUCUGCCGCGGCAGGCGACACCGGGGAGCAGCAAGAAGCAGUCGACGGGACUGCAGGCCGUGCUGGGGAAGCUGCUGCCUCGGGGCGAGGUGUACGAAGACGUGCAGUCCUCGGACGCGGACAAAGCGCUGCUGCGGUUGACAGCAGCCAAGUCAGUGGUGAACCUCGCCACACAGCUCGACUCACAGAUCACUCCCGAUCUCUACCGCCUCGCUCUCUUCUCCUCGCUUGAUGCGGUGCCUCUGGUGAGGAGGGGCUUUGCGAGCAAGCUGAUAGCGGGCCUCAAGGACCGCUCUGUGCCCAUGCGCUAUGCUGCUGCGCUGCCGCUGCUGGCGGCUGCAGAGGAGACAGACAGCGAGCAGCAGACGGAGGUCCGUAGGUACCUAGCAGAAUACGUGGACGUUACCAGGAGGGCGGCUGCUAGGAGAUCCGUAGCAGGGUUGACUGGGGACGAUGGGAAGGACAGGGAAGUGAAGCGGGAGGGGCAGGCGUGGGAGGUGAAGGGAGGGGGAGAGGAAGCUGGGUGCAAAGAGGCUGGUACGAGUGCGGCCGGUGCUGCUGCUGAUUCUGCUGCUGCUGGUGCUGGGGGUGCCGGUGUUGCAGGGUUAUCGACGAUUAUAGAGCACCCCGAGUAUGUGCUGGUGUAUCUGGCAUAUGUGCUGGCCCAGCACCCACAGUGGCCGAAGGUUGAUGCUGGCAGCUCCAAGGCCGAGGACUAUGAGCCGAUUCAGCGUCCUCUGGAGUACCUGCUGAGGGCAUUGCUGCAGGGGGGCGCGGAAAGGGGGAGGGGCGCGGAGGCAAGUGCAGGGGCAUCGCGCAAGGACAGGGGCGCGGGGCAGGAGGAGGUGGAUAACCUGGGAGCGGUGCUGGCAGUGCUGCGGACCAUCAAGGCGGCCAGCCCUGUUGCCAACAGCGUUGCACAGGAGAAGCUAGCAGCAGUGUGCGACAUUGGCAUUGCGAUAGCCAAGGCCAUUGGCAGGACUCGUCCCUUCACGCUCACCUACUCGCAGCCAGUGCCUCUCCCCUCUGCACUCUUCAAAAGCCCUGAUACCUCGCCGUCCCCUGCUGCUGCUGCUGCUGCUGCUUCUGCUGGAGCAAUCACACCUGCAGCAGCAGGAGCAAAAGCAGGAGGGGGAGGAGAAGGGGGGGCAGCAGGGACAGAGAACGGGGCUGGGAAGACUGAAACUCCUGAACCUACGCCUUCUUCCGAGUUGCCACUCACUCCCCUGCCGGACGGCAGCAAUCUCCCGGCCUGCCUGUCUGAUCUAGAGACCCAGUUCGUGGUGCAAGUGAAGCCCCUUGCGUCUCCUGCCGCCAAAGCACGGCACCAUGCUGCCCGUGCCGGCGGAAAGGGUAAGAGGCCUUCAAGAAGUGCUACUAGGAGGAGGCUGGAUGGGCGAGGAGAGGAGGAGGAGGGCGACGAGGAGGAGGAUGAAGAGGCAGAGGAGGUGGGAGGGGACGAGGAGGGCGAGGAGGAGGAGGAGGAGGAUGAUGACGGGGGGGGGAGGAAAGGAGGAGGACGGGAGGGAGCAGCAGAGGAAGAGGAGGAGGAGGAAGCAGAGGGCGGGGAGGAGGAGGAGGAGGAGGCAGGGGAGGGGGAUGACGAGGAAGGGGGGGAAGAGGGAACACCAGUUGGGAAGGGAGGGAAGGGAGCAGGGACAGGGGGAGGGAGGAAAGUGGCCAAGGGUCCGGCUAGAGGGGCUGGUACUUCACCUGCUGCUGCUGCUGCUGCUGCUGCUGCAACGGCUACUCCUGUCGCUUCGAAGGGGGGCAAGCAGGGGCCGUCAGUUAGCCAUAAGAAGAAAGUACCAGCAACGCCAGCAGCUGCGCCGGCAGGGGCGAGCGAGAUUGCGCUGCGCAAGGCGUAUGUGGGGCGGCGCAUCAAAGUGUGGUGGCCGCUAGACAAAGCCUACUAUAAGGGCGUAAUCAAGUCAUACCAAGUCAAGACCGAGAAGCACACGGUGCGGUACGACGAUGGCGACAAGGAGGAUCUGCUGCUGCACCGGGAGAAGUUUGAGUUCAUUGACGGGCUGCCUCCCCCCACCGCCGCUUCCGCUGAGCUAUUCUGUAUUGCACUAGCAUUGGGCAGCGGCAUUGGACUUGAUGUUGAGUGGCUGAAUUGCAUUUUGACCCUUUCAGGCAUCAAAUUGCCUCCGCUUUUCCUCGUCUUUGCUCGGCCCCUUUUCUGCAGAUCUCACAAGAAAAAGGUUCCUCCUCCUGCUCCUGCUGCUGACCCUCCUGCUCCCGCUCCCUCUGCUGCUGCGACUGGCGCUGCUGCUAAGGCAGAUGGGGGGAAGGCCAAGGGUGCAAGCACACCUGCAGCGGAUAGGGGGGCUGGCAAAGGGAAAGGGACUUCUGCUGCUGCCACUGCUGGUGGUGGGAGAGUAGGUGGAUCAGCUGAGAAGGGAGGGAGAGGGAAGAGAAAGGCAGACAAGGUUGUGGGCGAUGAGGAGAGAGAGGGAGGGGAGAGGGAGGGGGAGGGAGAGGGGGAUGAGACGGGGAGAGAAGGGAAGGAGGAGGGAGGGAAGAGAGGGAAGGGGGCGAAGAGAGGGAAGGGAGCUGGGGGGAAGGACGAUGAGGGAGGGGAGAGCAGUGAGCAGGGGGAUGUGGAAAUGGUUGAUGCUGAUGAGGUCGAUGGGGGGGAAGAGAAGGGCAAGAUGGGAGAGAAGGAAGGGAAGGGUGAGAAGAGUGGGAAGGCGGAGAAAGGGGAGGAGGAGAAAAAGGAGGAGGAUGCAGAGAAAAAGGGGGAGACUGAGAAGAAGGGUGGGGAGAGUGAGAAGGGGGCUGAGGAGGUGAGUGAAAAGAAGCAGGAGAAGGAGGAGGAGAAGAAAAGCGGUGAGGAGGGGGAGAAGGGGGAGGGAAAGGCUGGGGCGAAAAAAGCAGUGAAGGCAAGUGUAGGCAUUGCUGCUAGUGUUCCUGUAGCUGCGAAUGCGGCUGAUGCCAAGGCUACUGCCAAGACUGCUGAUGCUAAGAGUGCAGAGGCCGAGAACAAAGGGACUGAGGCCGAAAAAACGGAGAAGACCGAUGUGGGGAAGAAGGGCGGGGAGAAGAGGGGGAAGGCUGAUGGGGAGGAGGAAGGGGAGGAGCGCAAUGGGGCUAAUAAGAAGCAGAAAGCGUCAGGGGAUGGUGAGGGAGAGGGCGAGGGGGCAGCAAAGGGAGAGAAGGAUGAGGGUAGGGCGGAAGAGAGUGCUAGAGGGAAGGCUGAGAAGGACGGGGAGAAGGCAGGGGCAAAGGCAGGGGAUAAGGAAGGAGGUAAGGCCAAGGAGAGUACUGCUGUAAAUGGGAACUCGGCUGGUGAGGAGGAUGAGAAGGAGAGGAAGGAGGAGGAGGAGGCAGAGAAGGGGAAGGAGAAGGAGCAGGAGGCAGGUGAAGGGGGAGAUGGGAAGGCAGGAGCAGCAGCGCAGGGGGGUCGAGCGAGGAAGGUGUCUAUUGGCAUUGCAGUGGGUGCGCAGGAAGAGAAGAAAGCAGGGGGAACAGCAGGAGAAGGGGAGGAGAAGAAAGCAGCAAAGGAAGCAGAGGGGGAGGCUGCUGGGGCUGGAGGGUCUGGAGGCGAGUCAGACGGGAAGGACAAGAGGCAGCUGAGGGAGCGUCGGACUCGCGGCAAGUCAUAG